AUGCCCGUUUUAGAGCAAUUCAAGAACUUUAUCAGACACGGGAAGGCGACACGGGAAGUGCCAGAAGGCAUCGACCCUUCCGCGGGCCCGUCGAUCCAAGUUCAUCCAGCCGAAUCUUCCUCCUCCAGAAACCAGUCCAUGGCAGCGUCUGCUCCCACCGGUUUCGUUCCUCAAGACAAAGCCUUGCCAGGACCAGCAUCCACUUCGCAAACUCACGCUGCCGCUGCCCCUACUGAAGCAUUCUCGACAGCAACCUCGACAACAACAUCAAAGCACCAGACUCUGUCAAAUCAAGACCAGCAGGCUCGUGACAUGAGACAACCCAUUAACGGCAACCAUCUCGCCGUCCCUACUGCAGGCUCCUCCAAGGGCGUUGCCGCCAACGAGCAAUACCAGCGCGAGGCCGAGCGCAUCGUAGCUGAAGAGCGCGAGGCUUCCGAAAAGAUGCCCUACUACGAAGGCCUCAGCGAACGAUUCCAGCUUGUUAAAAAAAUGGGAGAUGGUGCCUUUUCCAACGUAUACAAGGCGAGAGAUCGUCAAACCGGCCAAAAGGUCGCCAUCAAGGUCGUUCGCAAGUACGAACUGAACAGCAACCAGGAUCGACUUGAUCCCAACUUCAGAAAGAAGAACCGCGUCACAGAGCGCGCCAACAUUCUCAAGGAAGUACAGAUCAUGCGAAAUCUCAAGCACGAAGGUAUCGUCGACCUACUCUCAUUUUCGGAAUCGCGCGACUUCUACUUUUUGGUGCUUGAGCUCAUGGAGGGUGGCGAGCUGUUCCACCAGAUUGUCAAGCUCACCUACUUCAGUGAAGCUCUGGCACGACACGUCAUCUUGCAAGUGGCCCAUGCUAUCCGAUACUUGCAUGAGGAGCGCGGUGUUGUACAUCGAGACAUUAAGCCAGAGAAUCUGCUGUUUGAGUCGAUCAAGAUAAUCCCGUCCAAGCAGCCAGUUCAACGCCCCUACGACGAGGAGAAAGAAGACGAGGGCGAGUUCAUGCCCGGCAUUGGCGGUGGUGGGAUCGGUCGCGUCAAGAUCGCCGACUUUGGUCUGAGCAAGGUGGUAUGGGAGGAGAGUACCAUGACACCGUGCGGUACCGUCGGAUACACAGCUCCCGAGAUUGUCAAGGACGAGCGAUACUCGAAAUCGGUCGACAUGUGGGCGCUCGGCUGCGUUCUAUACACAUUGCUGUGUGGCUUUCCGCCCUUUUACGACGAGUCGAUCUCGGUGCUGACCGAAAAAGUGGCCAAGGGUUACUACACGUUCUUGAGUCCAUGGUGGGAUGACAUCAGCGCAUCUGCCAAGGACUUGAUCACCCACUUGCUCUGUGUCGAUCCACGACAGCGAUAUACGAUUGACGAGUUCUUGCAACACCCAUGGUGCAACGUCAAGGACCCCAUCCCGGAUCUCAAUUCUGCCGACAUUGCGCUGGCCAAGGCUUCCGAAAUGCCGCUCGACUCGCCGUUGUUGGCUGCGAUGAAGACAGGCAAUGCAGCUCGCAACGCCAUGAUGUCACCUGGUAUCAACCGACUCAAGGAGGCCUUUGACGUGACGUAUGCGGUGCACCGUAUGGAAGAAGAAGGCGCACGCAAGCGUGCUGGCAACAACAACCCGCUUGGCGAGCUGAACGAAGAGGACGAGAGCGACGAGGCGGACGAGGCCCGACGAAAGUAUGGUGACGCAGCGGGUCAGGCUGUGGAGAACCAGCGUGGUGCGCGCAUUCAAGACAAUGCGGCGGCUACGACACGCACGCAGCCAUCGACGCAGCAACGACAUCACCAACAGCAGCAGACGCAGCAGUAUCAAGGCCGCGGCGGUGCGGAUCGACGUCUCGCCGAGGCAGCGCUGUACGACGGACGUGCAGGGCCUCGCGACCGAGGCCAGAAUUCGAAUCGCAAGCGCGGGUUCGAGCUCAACAUGGGCAAUGCUACGCUGCUUGGUCGCAGGAACAAGGCGGGUGGUGCAGGCACUCCACGCCUCGACCACCUGGGCAACCCUAUCGUAGAUGGUGCCCACGCAGCAGGUGUGGUCCCUGGCAGUCCCAUGCGGGUCGAUUGA